AGAAGCAAGAGACACGCUUCAUCAGUCGACGCGAGCACUUGGCUCGCACACUCAGGUCAGGUGUGCAUCGUCGUGUGUUUAUCGCGUAGCCUGUAGCGCAGUGCAAAACCCGAUUCGUAAUUUAUUUGUGAGACCGCCGUGAAUGAAACUACUUGUACGGCCUUGACAAUCAACGAGCGAAACGGCUUUGUGAUUUUGUCGCAUUGCACCGGCGCCGACCUCGCGUGUUCGCGAGGAGUGAAGGAAUCGACAAGUUGCGGAAAGAAUCGCGAGAAAGAUGUACGUGAACAACGAAUCAGCUGCGUAUCUGCGAUGUCUCAGCGUGAAAAUAUCUAUUUUCGCGAUCAUCUGCAUAUUAGGCACGUUCAUCUUGGGACAAGUCAAAACUCAGGAUUUCCACGACGACAUAAUCUAUCCUGGAUCGGAUAACUCGAGAGUGCGGAACAAUCCUACGGUGCAGUCCGCGGAAGACGGCGAUACGCAGAUUCCAGUGGAUCUAGCCAAUAGAUUAAAUGCGAUGGAAUCAUCGGACGAAUUUCUGCAGCUCCUUCAAGGUGUUCCACAUGCCGACACGUCGUCGUUCAUGUUAAAUAGUAGAUUCGGCGGAGAUGAAAGAACGAGCGCGAUUGUACCUACGCCGGCCAAUUGCAUACCCGAGCUACAGCCCGUUUCUCUAAAAUUGGAUGAUGAUCCUUCGACCAUGAUCUUCCCAUCUUGUACACGGAUCCCAAGAUGCGGCGGCUGUUGCAGUACCUCUCUGCUCUCGUGCCAACCAACAGCCACGGAAAUCCGCAACUUCAUGGUGAUUGUGGCGUCGGUGAAGGAACUGGGUUACAAAGGCCGGCAGAUCGUACCGCUGGAGGAGCACAUUAAGUGCAAGUGCGACUGCAAAAUUAAGGCGAAGGAUUGUACCGAAAAGCAGCAUUACGAACCGCAUAACUGUCGGUGUGCCUGCAGCAACGUCGACGAGGAGCAAAAGUGCCGGAAGGAGAGUGAUAUAAAGAUCUGGAACGGGGACCUCUGCUCUUGCUCCUGCAGGACCAUCGAGGAGUGCAGCACCGGAUACUUCUUCAACCACAACACGUGCAGAUGUGGACCGAUAAACAGGCCGGUAAACAGAUUCGUACCCACGAAAGGUUCAAAUUACAAUUUCGGUAAUCGUCAGCCGGAAAACGUGCCACCCGUGAUAAUCCCGUUGGACCCGUCGGAUCCCAGGAGAAAGCACAAGGAGGAUCCGGAAUCAAGAGAUUCAGUAUUGUCUUGCCCCUGGUGCAUACGUAAUUGAGCCGCAAGUGGCAAGGUCGACCAUGUAUCUGCGCGCGUUGAGAGCACCUGAAAUUAUCUCAGCAACGCCUAGACCAACUGAGUUCCUAAUAGGCUUAAUUGAUAGCGAAUUAUAUAGUGAAAAUUUUCUUUAUGCUCUACGCGUCGUAUGAAGAAAGAUAUAAUGAUGCUAAGUUCAAGACAUCACGGAAAUUUGCAUUAAGGAACAUUAUGGUCGUCGUUAUCGUCGUCACAUCUUCAGUCUUCGCGAUGUCCACAUUUGCAACUGUUAGCUUUUAAAUAAUAUCUAUUAAAAAGAUUACUUUUACAAAAAUAAUGGUAGAAAAAGAAAAAUUAGUAUUUUAUUUGUAGGAAAUUGCUUUGAACAUACUAGACGUCUUUUCCUGAAAAAGUAUUUUUUUAAUAGAUACUAGUAACAAAAACUCGGACGAGCGAAGGAAGACGGACGCGUGGAUUAUAAGACUGCGAAAAUGCAUCCAUAAUUGCUUCGUAAACUUUCAUGUCAAAGUAACAUAGCGAGUUUUCUCGUUGGUUCGAUACCUCGUAACUGAAACGGCGAUCGUUUUAUCCAAUCACAUUCGAUCAUUAAUUUUAUUUUAAUCCAAAAUGCAUUAUUUAAAUUUAGUAAUAUAUUAUUAGUAUUAAUUUUCGAACGUGUGUGUGAAUACGUUCGUAAUUGUAAUUAUUAUAAUUAAGCAUUAAAUGAUCUUUUCAAAACAUGUAAAUGCGUAAUUAACGCACGUACAAUAUCGGAAUGUUCAAAAUCAAUCCAUAAUAUCUUUGAGCAAACUGUUCAAAUCGUGACGUCUGCAACAUUCGGUGUUCUUGCACUCGCGAUACACGGAAUGAUGCAGUGAUGAAGGAUACUACUCUGCGGCUUGAAUAAUGAAAAAAAAAAACGCCAAUACAUUUAUUAUAGUUCCAUCCCCAGACAGAUUGAUGUAGUUUUUCCUAGUUUCAAGAUGAUGCUUUAUCAAAGUAUUACACAUAUUUAAGGAAUAUUAUGAUAAGGAUCUAAUAAAGAGGCAAUUGCCAAAAUUAA